ACACAUGGCAAAGGCCCCCCAAAAUAUACUAUACAUUUCACAACUUUCUCAACAUUUAACACAAUAAACUCCUCUCCCAAAAAAAAACAUGUCAAGAAACCUUAACUUAUGCUUCACAAAGAUCAAAUCUCCGCCGCCGCCGCCGGAAAAUCAAAAUCCACCGUCCCACCUAUUCAAGAACUUCAACUCCCUCUACGAGAGCAUCCCCAUCCCCGUCCCGGGGCCCGAUCUCGCCACCGCAUUCGCCUCCCGCCGCUUCUUCUUCUCCUCCCCCGGCCAGUCAAACUCCAUCGUUGACUCCUCCUCGGCCUCGUCCUCGUCCAUCGCGUCCACGUCAUCGGCCUCGCUCGACAACGAGGCCGCGGUGGCGGUCCCCACCUACUCGCCGGACCCCUUCGCCGACUUCCGGCGAUCCAUGCAAGAAAUGGUGGAGGCGCGUGGCGUGCACGACGUGGAGGAGAGCUGGGAUUACCUGCACGAGCUGCUCACGUGCUACCUCUCCCUCAACCCCAAACCGACCCACAAAUUCAUCAUCGGAGCCUUCGCCGACCUCCUCGUCGCCCUCAUCGCCGCCGCUAAUUCUCGCCGGAAUAUUCCCUUUUCCGCCGGAAAACGUAAGAUUUCACCCAUGUUAUGAUUAACUCUCAAUUUUAUUUUUUUUAUGAUUAGUUAUUUAAUUAAUUUAGCGUCGUUUGCGGCUACAUUUGCGGUAUAUUAAUCAUCGGAAAACAUAUGUAAAUGUGGAAAACUUUAUUAUUUACUCUAUUUGGGUAUAUGACAAAAUGGUUGGUCCCCAAUUUGUCUUCAA